CCCCGCCUCUCCCCGUCCGGCACCCCCGGCACUUCCAACAUGGCGGCGCCGCCGUUGCGGAGGGGCCGGGCCCGGUAGUUCCCGGUAGUUCCCGGAGGAUCGCGGUGGUUCCUGGGCGUUUCCGGCGGAUUCCGGCGCCCCGAUGGGGCCCGGCGGCCUCACAGUGCUGCUGGUCGUGCUGAGCGCGGUGCCGGACGGGCUGCGCCCGACGACGGCGGCGGCGGCGGCGAGCGAGGAGCGGCCCGCGAGUCCCGCGGUGGCCACGCCGUGCUGGCGAGUGGAGCAGUUCGUGGUUGCCCAGGAAUGCACGAGGUGCUCCGGCUUCGAGAUGAAAACGAUCCCGGCCUGCGGCUCCACCGGCUUCAUCGAGAGGAUCAACUGCGCCUCGUCCCACCGGGAUGAGUACAAGAGCUGCCGCUCGGCCGCGCUGGAGGCGCAGCGGUUCUGGCGCUUCGUGGGCUCCGCUCUGGGCGUGGCGGUGGCGGCAGCGGCGCUCGUGGUGCUGCGGCAGCGCGUCCUGGACCGGCGGGCGCUGGAGAAGGUCCGCAAACAGAUCGAGUCCAUUUAGCCAGAGGCUCCCGAGGGGUUGGAGCCGGGAAUUCCGCUCGCCCGGAGCGGCCGGAGGAGAAGAAGCCUCUGCCUUGCUGCCCGGACUUGGAAUCUUGCUGGGAUCUGCCUUGGGAGAGUAUCCAAGGGAUUCCCCGGAGCGGGAUAUGGAAUAAAUCCUGGUCACUGCUCCCGGAGUGACGCUGUGUUCGUCCCUUGGGGAGAAUCCCCGUCCCCCCAGCACCGGGAUCUGCUCUGGGAUCAUCCUGGACAUCCCCAGGGUCUUGCUCCAGGAGAGGGAUGUGGAAUAAAUCCUGGUCAUCGUUCCUGGAGCGAUGCUGUGUUUGUUUUUGGGGGGAAUCCCUGUUUCCUCCAGCACUGGGAUCUACCCUGGGAGCAUGCUGAGGGAACCCAUCCCAGGAGCAGAAUGCGGAAUAAAUCCUGAUUAAUGUC